AUGAAACAUACCACAACAUCAAGCCCGACAACUGCAAUAUUAUCGAAUUUUUUGAAUUCAACAUCGAAUUCAACAAAUUCGAACAAUGUUUGGUUUUCGGACGAAUCAUUAGAUGCAAUUAGAGAUACUGUUGCUGAAGCCUUGUAUUUGGCGUUGAAACCAGGAUCAAUUCCAUCACUUUUUGUCUAUCUUUUCGAUUGUUCACUAACUGGUCUACACUUUUUCGUGUCAAGUUAUAUACUUCUGGAUUUUACGACAACUUUUAUGGGAAUUGUAUAUUUUCCAGGAUGUGUUAUGAAAUUGGUUUAUAUCAUUGAAUGCUUUUGGGAUGCACCAAUGUAAGUUUUUUUCUGAAUUUAAUUGAAAAAAGUCUCUUAAUUAUGAAUAAUUUCCAGCAUUGAUACAAUCUCUGAAACAAUCACCCAACUUUUCAAUAUGACAAUUAUAUUGAGUUGCUUGGCUUAUAAUAUAAUGUGCACUUUUGUCGCAAAAUAUCGGAAAAAUGUUCCAUUGACUGUUGCGCGAUCGGUUUAUCUGCCAAUUUCAUUAUUUUGUGCAUUUCUUGUGAUCACACCGAAAUUGAUUUUGGAUAACACAGUUGAUCGAUUUUUCCAGUUUGCCACACAGUUUUUUGGAUCCGCGUUUUUGUUUUUUCAAAUUUCAACGGUGAGUUUUCUUUUGACAUAUUUUGGGGAAAAAGAAGUGAACAUGUAUUUGCUCAUGCUUAACUUUAUUACAAAUUUUCAAUCCUCAAAAAUUCUCAGAAAAUAAUACGUUUCAAAAAUUCCUCAAAAUUCCGUUUGAACUAUCUGAUUCCAAUUUACAUUUUUCAAAAUUUGUCAAAAUGUUCUAUUUCCAAAUUGCAUCUUCAAUUCUCAUUGUUAAAUUCUGAACUCCCACCAUUUCCAAAUCAAAAAACUAAAUGAGAAAUGAGGGCAACAUUUCGGAAUUUUUUUGAAAAAAACAAUUUUUAAAUAUUUUUCAGUCCGAAAAAUAAACCGAAUUUCAGAACAUCUACAUGUUGGUCUUCCGAAAAGUCGACAAAAUCGCUGAAGAAGAAGAAAUGGCUGAUGAUGAUCCAGUGAGUGCUGCAAAUGAUGUCAUAAUCAAUGCAAACAAUCGAAUGAUUUGGGCAAACGUGUUCAGCUUUUUCCUGAUUCUUCUCGCUCUCCCACAAGCAUACAUGGCACUGCUCUCAAAUCUGUGA